UUCCCUCACCUCGGGUUGUGACACUUCCGGUGGGUUCGUUCGUCUCCGGAGCCGCUUCUGUGUUUUCUGUCCGUUAGUCCGGUUCAAGUUCCCGAAGACGGAUCGACCGGCGAGCGUAGACUCACCGGAGGCCUCGCAGAAAGACCGAACACCGGUAAAUGAAUCUGUUUGCUCCCGGGUGAGAAACCUCGGGUGGAGCUGGUCGGUGUGUCCGGUGCGGCAGGUGGAGCUCGGGGCCUCAGCAGGAUGAAUAUCGUCUCUAAGAGUAAGAAGCGGGUGGUGCUGCCCAGCCGCCCCGACCCGCCCACAGUGGACCAGAUCCUGGAGGACAUCAACAGAGCCGCUCCCACUGACCCGGUCUUCAGCGCCCUGGAACGGACUGGACAAGACUCGCCCCGCCCCUCGGACUCGGACAUGGAGCUGAGGUUCCGUCAGUGUCGUCAGUACCUGGAUCUGAACGAGCGGCUGCAGGAGGCCAGAGGUCGUCUGCUGCGACAGAGGGAGGAGCUGAGGUCGGCGGGGGAGCAGCUGGACAGGGACGUGUUGGAGGCCAAAGGUCAAGCACUCUGACCCGACACGACCUGCAGACUGUGACACUGGUGAUGUCGUCUGACUCAGUGUUCUGACUUUAUAUUAAAGGCUCUGAACACUUUAACAAAGCAGAAGAAUCAACAGACGUUUUAAUGAAACACAUCACACUUUAUUGGAUGAAAACAUUAAUAAUGACUCUGUUGCUUUGCCUCACAUGACGCCGUCACGCCUCCGUGACCUCGGUCACACACGAACAUCUACACGUCUGUUCGUGUUUCACACGUGACUGUUCCACUGUCAGAGGUCGACUCUACAACACGACAUCCAGUUUGUGAGUAAAUCAAUGAAUCUCCUGCAGGAGUUUGGACUUGGGUGUGAACGAGGCGACUAACGGCGGAGGACAAAUGUUGGGACCUUGUGACGGUUCUUCACUUCCUCACUCAGUUUUCAUCGUUCUAAUCUUACAGGGCUGUUGAAGUGAUUCUCCUCCACGAUCCGUCAGUCGAGUGUUGAACGUCACGAGCUUCAACAAGGAACAAAAACUAUGAGUUUGUGAAAUGACGUCCAGAAAGUUUCUCAUCACUUAAUAAACCUUGUGUGAAAAAAAUGUA